GGGCAGGGACCGGGCCGGGCUCCGGUUGCAGCGGGGCCCGGAGGUUCCCUCCACCGGGGUCCCGUGUGGGCCGGGCCGGGGGCUGUGGUGCGUUCCAAGGAGUUGGAGCGAGCUGCAGGGAUGGCAGACCAGAAGCGCCUUGCCUACUCCAUCAUCCAGUUCCUACAUGACCAGCUACAGAAUGGGGGGCUGUCUCCAGAUGCUCAGGAGAGUUUGGAAGUUGCCAUCCAGUGCCUGGAGACAGCAUUUGGGGUCUCGAUGGAAGACCAAGGCCUAGCUGUGUCUCAGACUCUUCCUGAAAUAUUCGAAGCUGCUGCAGGAAAGGAGCCUGAACACAUCAGAACGAACUCGGAGCCCAUCACCCCCUCUGAAGAUGACAUAGCUGAGGCUGAAAGACUCAAGACUGAAGGAAAUGAACAAAUGAAAGCAGAAAACUUCGAAGCUGCAGUAUCUUUCUAUGGAAAAGCAAUUGAAUUAAAUCCAUCCAAUGCUGUGUAUUUCUGCAACAGAGCUGCUGCAUACAGUAAACUAGGAAACUAUGCUGGAGCAGUGAGAGACUGUGAAAGAGCUAUAGGCAUUGAUCCAAACUACAGCAAAGCUUAUGGCAGAAUGGGCUUGGCCCUCUCCAGCUUAAACAAACACACAGAAGCUGUAGUUUACUACAAAAAAGCCCUGGAGCUGGAUCCAGACAAUGACACGUACAAAUCCAACCUUAAAAUAGCUGAACAGAAAAUGAAGGAGACUCCAAGUCCAACUGGAGGUCCAGGAGGAUUCGAUUUAGCUGGCUUGCUGAACAACCCUGGCUUCAUGAGUAUGGCAUCUAACCUAAUGAACAAUCCACAAGUACAACAGCUCAUGUCUGGGAUGAUUUCUGGUGGCCACAAUCCCAUGGGAGCAGCAGGUACCAGCCCAUCCACGAAUGAUCUUGCCAGCCUCAUACAAGCGGGACAGCAGUUUGCUCAGCAGAUGCAGCAGCAGAAUCCUGAACUAAUAGAGCAGCUACGAAGCCAGAUCAGGAGUCGAACUCCAAGUGCCAGUAAUGAAGAUCAGCAGGAAUGAGCCCUCCAGCGCAGUCCGUGGGAACUAUGUUCUUUGCUUUAAAAACUGGAAGCCAUGUGUGUGUUGCCAUUUCUUGAGUUGGAAGUGUCCAAGAGGGGGAAAAAAAAUAAUGGAAAACCAAAAUACUUUCUAUGACCUGCAUGUUAAAGACAGAAUCAUGCUUUCUUUCCCUAGUCUUCAUCCCUGCUCCUCUCCCUCAGCCUUUCCAUUAGUCUCUUUGUUUUCUUCUGGAAGAUCCAGCAAGCUGACCACAAACCAGCAGCAGCAGCAGUCUAAAGACACUCAGAACAAUUAACUACACUGUUGCAGUUCUGUUAUUUGCUACAUGGGAAUUUUUUAACUCAUUUUUGAAGAUUGAUGCACUCUUCACUACAGGACGUCUUCACUUUCCUGCCAUGUGCCACUUCAAAGAAGUGCUCAAGUCCUACUUAAGCCCACUUUAAUCCUCCUGCCAGUUAUGGUGUUUGAACACUGGAGAUUGCAGGAUCUACAGUUGAUUAGAUUGACUGCAUUUCUCAUUCAGGUCUGUAGCAGCAUGGCCAUGGUGUUAAUGCAUGGGAGUUUGGUGCACACCUCUCAAAGGAUGGUGUAAAUGUGGGGGACUCGUGACUGGCCAGGAAGAACCUGCCUCCAUGCAACAGUGUUUCCUGGUGCAGUGCUUGGGGUUCUUCCCCAGUCCUGACAAAAUUUGUCUAGUGUUUAGUAAUUAUGGCUCUGUUGUUGGAAUGAUCCAAUCUGUGAACUAGUCAGGUGGACAGUAAGGAUGUUUUUGGUGUUUAAAGGGGGUUUUUUUCCUGCUUUUUUUUAUCUUAUAUGCAUGUAAGUAAUCAACCUGUUUGACCGUGCUAAUGGUAGGAGUAGUGGGUGACUGAGUAGAGAGCAGAUGGAGUAACAAUACUGCCUGGAUUCUAGGUGAUGAAGUGGCUGCAGGUUUGGUGUUGGGGAUUGGCAGUCACACCUCAAUGUGUGGUGUGUGAGAAAAGGGAAGAGCUCUUGUAGCCACCUCAAGCCACCUCCUGCAGCCUUCCACCCCUCUAGUUACCUGUGUCACUCCUUGGGCUGAUGUAAAGCUCUGGCCCCAUCCCAUAAAGUCAGCAGUUGAGGCCAGAGGCUUACAUCGACCACAGAAUGGGUUUUAAAGUAGUUAUUUGCCUGUGGUGGGGUAGGUGUGUUCACAGCCUAACUGCUGGGCAAAAGGCACCCCCUCUGGAGAUGGGUAGGUGUGAGAUGGAAAACACCCUCUCAGGAGGCCUGGUGCUGUGAGUGAGCAGGUAUAUUUGCAGAUUAAUAUCAAGGGAAAAAAACCAAAACCAAAACCGACCUGUAAAUGCUCCAUAAAGUAAUAUGUGAUCAAUGUAACUUGUGAAGAAUAAACUAUUUGGACACUUUCUUUGUUA